UAUAUAUGUGCGCAUGUUGGCUAACCUGGCUAACACGGCUGUCGCUGUCGCUGUAUGGCUCUUCUCUUCUUUAGUGUGCGCAUCUGAGAUAUCCCUCGCGAGAACCGAGAACGUGCGUCUUUAUUGUAGUACGAUGUCCGGAAAGGAGAAAUUCUCACAAAUGAAUGUGGCAGAAUCCAGUAGAAUUUAUAAACUUAUAGAGUUUAUAUCUAAAGAUAGAUGCAAAGGUCGAAGUGUGGAUGUUGUACCGUGUGAAUGGAUUGUUUACGAUAAUGAGGCUGGGAACUUAAAGACAGUUUUUAUGCCACCGCCAUAUACAACCGAGACGGCAGAAUUAUUACAUUCUCUUGUCAAAAGUAGAGCAGAACCACCAAAAUCGUGGCCAUUCUAUCAAAUUAAUAUUGUAGGAGACGCCAAAACUUACGAGUUAGCCUUGGAUAAAUUAAAAAAACUAGAAGAAAAGAAAUAUGUUUAUUCCACAGAAAGUGAUCACGGUGAAUCCCGAGCACUUUCUGAUACAAAAAGAUACAAACUAAAAGCAAUUAAAACUAACCGCGAUGUGGAAAAAAAAUUAUUGAAUGUUCCACCGUUAUACAGCGACGAUGACACUUGCAGCCUACUCAGCGAGACCAGCAAAGAGAGUGAAUCAAUUUCAAAUAAUGAAGAAAAUUUAUAUACAAAACGACAAUGCCAAAAAACUUAUAGUCACAAUACAAUAAAAAAUGUAAUUUCAAAAGAUAAGGAAAAACAAUCAGGAACCAAAUCCAAUAAACAUAAGUUUGAGAAAAUGGGAAGUGUCAGUCAUGCAACUAAAGAGAAUAAAGAGACUGAGAAAACCAAGAAAAACUCAAUUGCGUUAACAAGCGGACAGUUUCAAAUGAGUAAAGCAAUUUCCAAAGAUAUGGAAAAAGAAUCAAGGACGUUAUGCAAAUCCAAUAAACAAAAGUUGGAUAAAAUAGAAAUUUUAAGUCGUGCAAUUAAAGAUAAUACAGAGACUGAGAAAACCGAGAAAAAUCCAAUUGUGUUAAAAAGCGGACAGUUACAAAUGAGCAAAGGACAAUACACUGAUGGCAAUACUACUUCAAACACUAAACAUUGUGUCGAGAAAAGUCCCAGUUAUCUGUUUGAUGAGAGGAAACAAUAUACCACUAAUGACGCUGUCAUCGAAGAAUAUUCGACAUCGAACGCUCAUCCACCAAUUACAGACAAGAUGUACUAUUCAACAUUAGGCAGCAUACUUAACAAUGCCAAGGAUUGGGAAGGCCAUCGACUAAUGAGACAAAAAAAAUUAAACCCAACUCAUACAGAAGAAGAAUUGGAAGAGACAAUGGAAGGAGACGAUGACGCUGUUUAUGAAUAAUAGAUACAUAUUCAAUAUGAUAUUAUUUAAGUAUAUAUGAUACUAUAAGUAUAUAUUAUGUGAUAUUAA